AUGGAGCUGGCGAUGGAGAACCUGGGCAGCCUGCACGGAGUCCCGCACUCGCAGCCCGCCGAGCUGCUGAGCCCCGCGCACGGGCGGCAGAGCUCGCACCGCAACCUGGUGCCGCACGGCCGGCCCGCCAUGGUCUCGGGCAUGGCCUCCAUCCUGGAGGGGGGGGACUACCGCGGCGAGCACAGCCUGGGAGCCCCGCUGCACCCCGCCAUGAGCAUGUCCUGCGAGUCGCCCUCCGGCAUGAGCCUGAGCAGCACCUACACCACGCUGACUCCCCUGCAGCACCUGCCGCCCAUCUCCACCGUCUCGGAGAAGUUCCACCACCCGCACCACCACCACCACCACCACCACCCACACCAGCGCCUGGCCGGCAACGUCAGCGGUAGCUUCACCCUCAUGCGCGACGAGCGGAGCUUGGCCUCCAUGGGCAACCUCUACAGCCACUACCCCAAGGACAUGCCGGCCAUGGGGCAGCCCCUGUCGCCGCUGCCCAACGGGCUGGGCAGCCUCCACAACGCCCAGCAGCCGCUGGCCCCCUACGGCCCCGCCGGCCACUUGCCCAACGAGAAGAUGCUCUCGCCCAACGGCUUCGACUCGCACGCCGCGAUGCUGUCCCGGGGCGAGGAGCACCUGGCGCGGGGGCUGGCGGCGCCCAGCUCGGCCAUGAUGCCGCCGCUCAACGGGAUGCACCCGCACGGCCACCCGCACGGCCAGCCCGGAGCCUCGCUGCUGGGCGAGCGGGAGCGCCCCGCGCCCGGCCCCGGCUCCCAGCCCGGCGGCUCCGGGCAGGUGGAGGAGAUCAACACCAAGGAGGUGGCCCAGCGGAUCACGGCCGAGCUGAAGCGGUACAGCAUCCCGCAGGCCAUCUUCGCGCAGAGGAUCUUGUGCCGCUCCCAGGGGACCCUCUCGGACCUGCUGCGGAACCCCAAGCCCUGGAGUAAGCUCAAGUCCGGCCGGGAGACUUUCCGCAGGAUGUGGAAAUGGUUGCAGGAGCCGGAAUUUCAGAGGAUGUCGGCGCUCAGACUGGCAGCUUGCAAACGCAAGGAGCAGGAGCAGCAGAAGGACCGGAGCCUGCAGCCCAAGAAGCAGCGCCUGGUCUUCACGGACCUGCAGCGCCGCACCCUGAUCGCCAUCUUCAAGGAGAACAAGCGCCCGUCCAAGGAGAUGCAGAUGACCAUCUCCCAGCAGCUGGGCCUGGAGCUCAACACCGUCAGCAACUUCUUCAUGAACGCCCGCCGGCGGUGCAUGAACCGCUGGCAGGAGGAGCCGGGCGCCAACCCCGGGGUCCCCUCGUCGUCUACAAGCACUUUCUCCAAAGCAUGA